GAGACAAGAUGAGAGGGGGAUAGAGCACGAGUUGUUGUCCCAAGGUAUAAGGGGCACCAAACCCUUAUAUCCUGAGACGUGGUCCGCCGGUCCCUGGCGAAAAAAAAUGUAUUUAAUGUAACAUCUUUUCAGCAAUAUCUUCAUUCAUCGGAUUGCGGCUUCAAGUUGUUUACCGGUCAUCAUUUCUUCAUCAUGCUGAGGUUCUUCGUACUCGCCUGCGCUUUGGGCGCCAUCCAGGGAGGGAUCUUUGAUCCACCAAAGGACGAAACGUGUGGUAAACCAGCAAUUACUCCACUAGAUAUGUCAACUUUUAUCGUUGGAGGGCACGAAGCCAAGCCUAACAGUUGGCCUUGGAUGACACAAGUGAUCAAGUACACCUAUACUUAUAAAGACUGGUACCAUUACUGUGGAGCGACCCUUCUUAAUGAAAAUUGGAUCGUUUCUGCAGCUCAUUGUUUUGAUGACAAUGACAUGCAACUAUGGGACUACCUAUUUUAUGUGGGAGCUCACGAGAGAAAAGGAUGGGGGGAAAGCACUCGCCAGAUGCUCGAAGCAGAAGAGAUCAUUCUGCAUCCAGGUUACCAUCCUUUUGGUGAUCACGAUCAUGACAUAGCCCUUAUAAAGAUCAAGGGUAGUGUCCAAAUGAAUGAUUACGUCUCGCCAGCCUGCAUUGCUUCAGAUAGGCCGGCUGAUGGUAAAGAUUCGUAUGUUACUGGCUGGGGACAUCUAGAAUCUGACGGGGAUUCUCCGGAUGUUCUCCACCAGGUUAUGGUACCCAUUGUCAGUGAUACUGAUUGUAAGCGGGCUUAUGGCGGUAUCACCUACAAUCCCGAUUAUAUGAUUUGUGCUGGCCUAUACGAAGGGGGCAAAGAUUCCUGCCAGGGUGACAGCGGUGGACCAUUGGUGGUUAAAAAUUCAGACGGUCAAUGGGAACUUGCUGGAGUCGUGAGCUUUGGCCACGGUUGUGCCAAGGAACGUUACUAUGGGGUCUACACCAACGUGGCCUACUACUACGACUGGAUUCAGAGUUACAUUAACUGAACCUUCGUAUGAGACAGAAAACAUAUCACAGUUCCUCCAAGAUUGAGUGUAAUCAACGAACGUAGAGGGCAAUGCAAAGUGUUGACGCCCUCUACGCUCGUGAGUUGUAAUCUAUGAUGACAUAAUAAAAUCCAAAACGUUUGAUACUGUGUUCUGAUCGUCUAAGAAACAAGCAUACAUAAUCAAAAUAUAAGUUCCUGGUUGUCAGUUUCAUUCAAUUCUAUUCACAGUCUAUGAGUAUUAUAACAAUAAGCCAAGUAACUAAAUAAGACAUCUGAAACAGAGUACCUUCUCAUGAAAGUUUUCAGCACUACCAAAUAGUCAUCGUCUGAUAGUUAGCAUUGUAAAACCAAAAAGAGCAAAGCGCUUCUCUGUACACAUAGUUUGCUAAGCAAACCCUUCAUUCGAGGAAAGUGGUCUAAAUAUUCAGCAGAAAUAGAAUGUUUUCUUAUUGAUUCUUUCAAUAAGGGACUGUAUCCUGGAAAAUGCAAGAGAGAAGGGGAAAGAUGAAAGUGUAUGCCCUGAAACAGUAGGUGUGGAAGAUAUAAAAUUAUCAUUAAAAAGUGUUUUAACCAAGGGCCGGAGGAGUGGAUAACAUCCACAACAUGAGAACUGUGUGUGCAGGGGUAUAGACGCGUGGAACAUGAAUAGAGUGU